GCUUACACCAAUAAGCUGACAAACAGAAAGCCCUCGAUCUAGCCCAGCCCUUCCUGGGGUGAUGCAGUUUUAGCAUCAGCUGACCAUGCAGGAAGAGGCUGGCACCAGAAGCAGAGCUGAGUUCUUGUACAAACUUUCUGAGCAGCUUUCAGCGUAGCCUUUCCUCCCCUGACCCUUCAGACACUAAACCAUCCACAGUAAACGACUGCCAGCAAUAUGUACUACUCAAAGACAAUAUCUACACCAACCCAUCAAACGCCUACAAAGAAGCUGAGACAUCAUAACUAGCUGACAGCAGUGCUGAGAGAGAGACUUGCAAGUCACACCAGCACUACCUCAAAGGCGAUCUCGUCUUCCUGGCCUCAGUGAAAAGCACAAUUCUCCAGCUCUGAAGGAAAGUGGAACUGCAAGAACAUGUUAAAAGAUUUUGUUGCGCAGGGUGUCCAGCUGUAUCAGGAUCUGUUGGAUAGAGCAGACCCCCGGACAUACAGUUACCCACUGAUGAAGUCCCCCUUCCCAAUGACUGCAAUUCUUUUGGGAUACGUCUAUUUUGUUCUCUCCCUGGGACCUCGGAUAAUGGCCAGUAGGAAGCCUUUUGACCUCAAGCCAGUUAUGGUGGUUUACAAUUUUGCGCUGGUUGCACUUUCCAUAUUCAUCGUAUAUGAGUUCCUUAUGGCAGGAUGGUUAACUGGUUAUACGUGGAGGUGUGAUCCUGUGGAUUAUUCUAACAGUCCUCAAGCCCUCCGGAUGGUUAGAGUUGGUUGGCUGUUCCUCUUCUCCAAGUUCAUUGAGCUAUUUGAUACGAUAUUUUUCGUCUUAAGGAAGAAGAACAGUCAGAUAACCUUUCUGCAUAUUUUUCAUCAUUCUGUUAUGCCCUGGACUUGGUGGUGGGGAGUGAAAUUUGGACCAGGUGGCAUGGGUUCCUUCCAUGCAAUGGUCAACUCCGUCAUCCAUGUCAUUAUGUACUUUUACUAUGGCCUGUCAGCUGCAGGACCAGCUUUCCAGAAGUAUCUGUGGUGGAAGAAGUACAUGACAGCAAUUCAACUGGUUCAGUUUGUGAUUGUCUCUCUCCAUGCCACCCAGUACUACUUCAUGAGCCACUGCGAUUACCAGUUUCCACUCUUCAUUCAUCUUGUCUGGAUGUAUGGCACAUUCUUCUUCAUCUUAUUUUCCAACUUCUGGUAUCAGGCCUAUACUAAAGGAAAACGGCUGCCCAAGGAUUGGAAGAAGGAAGGCAAAACAAUAUUGGAAAAUGGCAAACCUGUUGAGAAUGGUGUACUCCACCAUGAAAAUGGCGAUGCCAGAAAUGGCAAGCCAAAGUGGAACUAGAAGGCAGACCUAGCAAAAACUUCCCCCACUUAUUUCUCCAUUACACAACAGGUUCAAAGGCCAGUCAACAAGCUUAAUUUAGUAAACAUCUGGAUGCUACUGGAAACUCACCAGCAAUAAGAAGUGCCUGCAGACUAUGGAAAAAAAAAACACAAAAGUGUAAUGAAAUUUUAAUAAAUGAAAGUGAUCAGGCCAUGCCCAGCACCAUGUUUCAGUCCAGCACAGUGAUAUUGUUCUUUGGAAUCCGUUUAUAUCCAAACUUCUAUUUCAUCCAUUGGCCUGUAAACCUUGCUGGUGCAUUCUGGAAUUUGCAUCACUGUGGGCAUAUAGAUGGGGGAGGAGGAGUAGGAGAUAAAAGGGGUUUGGAAAGCUAAUCUGGGAGAUUGUACCAUUAAAGGAGCUCGAGGUAUUUUAUGGCUGCUCUAUAUGAUAGAAUUAAUUGACUACCUUGCAAUUGUACUUUGCAUGUGGGAAGUGUGUAAUGUUCAAGCAUGGUCAAAGCAGAAAAAAAAUGCUUUGCAGUUACAGCGGCUACUUGUGUAGCCUUGGUGUGUACAAAUCAAAUAACUGUUAUUUUAACAGUGGCAUCUUUAUUAGUAAACUAUACCCGCCCAAAAAACAGUAGCAAUAAAAGCUGUGGGUUGUUUGAUAGUAGGCCUUUUACUAUAUAUACAAAUGUUAAAUAAAUUAUGACUAGCUAAUAGACUCUCUCUUGUAGUGGUUUGUAUUAAGUUGCAGGAUUAAUAGCAGUAUUCGCAUUAAAGGGAUGUCAGUUGCAUUUAAUGAGUAGCCAAAGUCAUAAGAAUAUUGCAGAUGGCCAUGAGGUAUCAGUUAUGUGACCAGGAUAGCGAUGCAGCAUGUGUAAGUGCCAAGUCUGACAGUACUGAGAGUCUGGUAACAAACUGCUUUAGAGAAAACUUAUGAAAAAUGUUUCCUUUUUCCCCAUAUUCCUUCACAUUUUAUAGUCUAAAUGUUUUAGUGGUAAUUAUGAACACUUAAGUGUUUAGAAUGGGAACAGUUCUGUUAAAUGACCACAACUGAAAGAUUGUCCAUUUAUCACUUCACUGUUAUAAGCCAGCAAAUGUCUUAAAUUGGUAGCAUAACUUUCUAAGGGUUGUUUAAUUUAUAUGUUUUUGCCUUUGAAAUGUAACCCAUUUGGUGCUUUUUAAAACUUGAUUAUUAACACAACAGUA